AUGGUGUACUACUUCACCAGCAAUGUUGUGGACCCGCCGGCGUUCAUCUAUGUUGGCAAGGACAAGGUAGAGAAUGAGGAUCUCAUAGCCCACGGCUGGCCCGAAGACGUCUGGUUCCACGCCGACAACCUAUCCAGCGCACAUAUCUACCUCCGACUUCCGAAUCCAGAGAAGGAGCCGUGGACCGCGAUCCCACAGGACCUACUCACAGACUGCGCGCAGCUCACCAAGGCGAACAGCAUUGAGGGCAACAAGAAGGACAACGUCACGAUCGUCUACACGCCAUGGUCGAACUUGAAGAAGAGCGGUGACAUGGCGACGGGGCAGGUCGGCUUCCAUCAGCAGAAGCUGGUCAAGAAGAUUCGGGUAGAGAAGAGGGAGAACGCGAUCGUCAAUCGGUUGAACAAGACGAAGACGGAGAAGUACCCUGAUCUUAGGGAGGAGAGAGCAGCACGGGAUGCUGAGGAGAGGAAGAAGGAGCGGAUGUCUGCACAGGAGAAGAAGAAGGAAGACGCACGGAUAGCGGAGGAGCGGGCCCAAAUUAAGUAUCAGAAGGAGCACAUGUACGACGACUUGCAUACGGACGAGAACCUGGCGAUGUCGAGCAAUCAGGACCGAGAUGCGAACUUUGAGGACGACUUUAUGUGA